UUCUGCAUUUUUAGCUGUUGUUAGUUGUGCUUCAGCUGCUCUUGUGACUUUGUGGAUGUUGGCGAUGAUGAUUUUUGGAUUUUGCACACUCAUCGCUCAAAGCGCAUCGUUUGGUGUUGUACAUUUGGCGGCUAUGGUGAACAUAUUGGAGGUAUAAAAUAAAAUUGUUUGCACGAUUUUUUUAACUUUCGCAUCUCGACUAGCGGCAGAGUCGCACGUGCAAACGCGCAUUCGUCUAUUUCCCUCUUUGACACAGUCGCGAUAAUUACAAGUGUAGGCGUGUUAAUUGGAAUAUAAGUGAAUCUCAUUCAAAAUAAAUUACGUAUACGCUCCACGGUACAUUUUCCGUAGUUGAAAUAUUGUAUACAUGCAUGGUCAUACAUACACACUACAUACCAACAGUACUAUGGCUAUGAAAACAAAAUCAACAAUGGCAACAAUAAAGAUGACUCAAAAACAACAACAUUCACAACAAGAAAAACAACAACAAAACUCCAGUAAUUCACAUCGACGGCAUCUUCAUUUGGAAUCGUCACUGCCGCAGCUCCAAACCGUUGCAAUAUCAACUUUUGUUAUAAUUUUUGGAUUACUUUGUGCUGCGAUUUGUGUCAGUGGGCAAGUUGAUGGUUAUACAGCAGGCGUGGAUUAUCCUGCCUAUGAAUCGGUGCCAAAGGGACUUUCAUUCAAAUGCCGAAACCGACUUCCUGGCUAUUAUGCUGAUACGGAGACACGCUGUCAGGUUUGGCAUUGGUGUCUGCAUUCGGGUCAUCAAUACUCAUUUAUUUGUCCCAAUGGUACCGUUUUCAACCAAGCGGUGCGUGUUUGUGAUUGGUGGACGAAUGUCAAUUGUCCAGUGGCUGAAGAAUUUUAUAAAAACAACGACGAAUUAUACCGAACCACCGAACCAAAUCCGGAGCAGAACCUCUGAU